GGCCUGUACAUUGGGGAUCUGGGAGCAGCUAAGAACAAGGAUUACCUGAAGCAAGUAGGAAUAACACAUGUUGUGAACACAGCUCAAGGGAACAAGUUUGCUACGGUUGACACAGAUGAUGCUUAUUAUAACGAUGUUGGUAUCAAGUACCUUGGCAUGAAGCUCCUAGAUAUACCCACUGCUAACAUAGCUCAGUAUUUUGAAGCUGGAGCAGAGUUUAUCGACGAAGCUCUCUCGAGUGGGGGUAAAGUGCUGGUCCAUUGUUUCAUGGGAAUCUCUCGCUCAGCCACCAUUGCAUGUGCCUUUCUGAUGUUGAAACGGAGACUUGGUGCUCAAGAAGCACUGGAGACUCUCCGCAAAAACAGAUCCAUUUACCCCAAUGAUGGCUUUCUGAACCAAUUGGCAGACUUGGAUAAUAAGCUUCGCAAAGAACGUGGGGAACUUUAAUUGAGUGAUAAAAAGAAAGCGGAGAAAGUGUCUUAUUUUUUAUAUUUGAUUUUUUUGGUUUAUUAUUACUUAAUUUUUUUUAAGUAAGAUGUAAAAGAUAAGAAUAUGUAUCACAAUAAUGAAUACCAUUCGUUCAUUAUUAUUUUAUUUCUAUUUUGAGACACAUGUAUUAUAAAGAGGAAAGAAACAGAAGAAUAUUUUAUAUUCAGAGGCUUCCUUGACACAUUUCAUUCACAAAGAACAUGAGCUUAUUUUAUCUGUUCUUAUUCAUAAUGUAUGUAUUCUUAAAGAGCAAAACUUCACCGUUACUGGGAAAUGUGUACACAUGUGUAUUGUAUCAUUCUUUUUCUCUGUAGUUAAUUUUUCUUUUUCCUUUAGUUGAUAUAUACAUUAAUAAGUUUUAAUUUGGAUAAUUUGAACUUCUAUUACAUCGUGGAAUUUAAAACUCAAGGAAUUUUCCAUAUUUUUUUCUCUUCUGCUUUUUAGUAAGUUAAAUGAUAGUAUGCCAUAGCAUGACAGAUAAUUAACUUGCAUAUUGUGCUAUUACAGUGCCGGGUAUAUUUUGAUAUCCUCUAGGAUAAGUAUACUAUUGUACUGCAUCUGAUAUCUGUUGUGCUUAGCUUAUUAGAGUUUGCAGGAAAGGUCAACCAAAGAGUCAAACACAGUGUUAAUGAUUGGGAUUUUCUCCCGUGUCUCUCUGCCAAUUGGUUUUCUAUCUUCUACACAAAAAUAUUAUUCAGAAAGGUUAAUUUUCAGUGUAGUUUGGUGACUUGUAUGAAUGCUUGAAAGUAACCAAGGGAGAACACUGGUAUAGUUAGUGUUCAAGACUUCAUGUUAUUAUGAAAUUUGUGAAUUUAAACACUUUUGUUUUGUGCUCUUCAAUCUCUUGAUAUUCUGAAGGGCUAUUAUGUAUGUAACAAUAGAAUUAUCUCUCUGAAGUACAAGUAAACCUCGUCUUACAGUAAUGCUCACACUUCAUAAUAAGGAGAUAAGAAAAUAAGAUGAUUUUCAUUACUGUUUCCUGUAGACAAUUUUGUAGAUAAUAUAGAUGUGCAUUUUGUAGAUGUGCAUUGAAGGAAACAAAUCAAGAACUUAUUUUAUUAUGCUCAGAAAUACUCGACUAGAUUUGAGAGGAGUGUUUAGGCGUUUCUUUUUUCUGUUUCUUUUUUGUGGUAAUACCUUUGUGAAGGUAUGUUUCUUGCUUUUCCUUCUAAACACAGAGUGAAGUAGUUAGUAAAUUAUAUUAUCAAAGAUGUUAGAUGUAAUGUUAGAUGUAUAAGAAAAUGUAGCAUAGAAGGUUCUGUCAUGAACUUUUCCUAAUUCUUGUUAUGACAAUUUUCCAUGAUGGUGAUAACAAUCAUGUUUUCUCUGCUCAAAAGAAAAAAAUAUAUAUAUGACUAAAAAUCUACAAGUAAUAUCUUCUCUAAAUCUCUAUUUUUUCUGUCACAUUUAUGAUUCAUACUAUCAGUAUUUUAGGCAAUUUCUCUCAACUGCCAUUUACCCCAUAAAUGUUAAAUGUCAGUUGUAAACAAAAAUCAUAUGUUGAAUGUUUGAUUUUACUCUGUAGGAUAAUUGUCUCUCUCUUUCUUUUCAUCAGUUGGACUCAAUUGCAUUUUAUUUCUUAUUAAUUGACUAUUGAGUUUCUAUCACAGGCAUAAGAUAUAGUAAUACCAUAGACUAGUGAUAAAGACAGACAGGAAUUAAUUCAUUUUAGUAAAUAAAGACUAUUAAAUCACAUCAGAGAACACAUCUCUGUUGAUGGGGCGUUUCAUGUGAUAGUGCAGUACUUGUGAUUUUGAUAAGAGUGUUGUCCAUGAAACAGCUAUACACCUACAGAAGUAUAGACAUGGGCCAAAUGUAAAUGUAGGAAGAAGCUGUUGAAUAAAUGAAACAGUACAUGGGCAUUGCAUUCAAGCAAUUCCUUCAAGUGUGCGAGUGCUGUCUAGAGUAGACAAUGUAAAUGCAGUGGUUAGCUUUUAUCCUCAGUGUAAUUCAUCAUGACACAUGCUACUAACCAAAUAGUUAAGCUUUAUUGUUUCAGUUGCUGUGAUUUUAUACUUUUGAGUUAUUUAUAUUCAUAACUUCGUGACUCAGUUUCUCUUUUUUUUCUCAUAUAUAUAUAUAUAUAUAUAUAUAUAUAUAUAUAUAUAUAUAUAUAUAUAUAUAUAUAUAUAUAUUUAUAUUUAUAACUUUCAAAGUUUGUUCUAGAUAUACUGGAAUACAGUAUAUAUAUUAUGGUUCUCUUCUGGAUAUUACUUGUGCCCACUUUUUUUUUUUCAAGAAUACAGAAACAUGUGACUAUCCACAUUUAUGUAAUGCAUUACUUUUCAAUUUAGACUACUCAAAGGAAACAUAUCCCCAACCCACCUCUACAAUAUCAGGAAUUGUAACAGAUAACUAGAAUUUUUGAUAAAGUCUGAUAUAUCUAUACAUAUAUAUAUAUAUAUAUAUAUAUA